UAAUUCCAUCGGACAAAUUAAGUAUCAUCAGUAAGGAAUUUGUUCAGAUACAUGACUGGGGAUUUACGUACUUUGUUUAACUCUUGUGUACUCACUGCACAUCUACAGAUGAAGAGCUGAGGAUAGAUAGAAUGUGAGAAUGGAUGCUGACGAAAAACUGGCUAUGCAAGAACUCCAUACCAAAAUAAUCCAAUGCUUAGAACCUUCACAACUUCACGAUUACCUAUUUCAGGAAGGAAUCAUUCCAGAAAACUUUAUUUACCGUCUUAGAGAGAGUAGUAGGGUGCCUACAGAGAGAUCACGAUUGUUCAUUUUACAUUUGAAACAACGUUGUCCCUUUCACGUCUUUCUUCUUGCUUUGAGGCAGAAUCACGCGUAUUCAUUCCUUGCAAAUGAACUGGAAGGAAAACUUGAAAACAUCAAAAGUCGCAAGAGAAGGCGUCAUUCUUCAGUUGAAAUCGCUUGGUAUGAUAAGGCAUACUGGCCAAUAAGGAGAAUUCAAGUUUAUAACGAAUAUAGGGAAAACAUAGUCAGUGAAAGGCAUUCGUUAAAACGACUGUGUUUGAAUUUAAAACUUUCCGAGUUUUAUGCCAAACAAGAACUUUUAAAGCAAAACUGGUUAAAUCUAUCAGAAAUAAAUGAUGUUACUGAUAAAAAGAAAAAAAAGGCUGCGGAUUUAUAUUUCAUUUCUUUAGAUGCUGAAAUUGAAUACAGACGAGUGAAGUAUGACAAAACCCUAUUUGGUGACACAGUUUUGAUAAAUAUGAAAGAUAUAAUGCACAAAACAUCCAAUCCAAAAGUCAGCUUAAUGUUAUACCUUGGAAGACGGGCUUCUGCAAUGGUAAUGUUCAGUGAGAGAUUCCUCGAAGAUGGCUUAAAAUCUGUGCGAGAGGCAACAGAAAAUGGAGAACGAAUUGAACCAUGCAGGGAAACUGGAAUAGUGCUACUGAUUUACUACAAUUUGUUAUGUCAGCAGUACGAAUUAACUCUAGAUCAGAUUGUGAGGGAAAAUCUUAUCAAAAUUGCUAAAGAAUCUUUGGAUCACUUUGCACAAGAAAGAGACGACGUUUCUUUUGAUUUUCGUAGAAUAGUAAUGUUAAAGGUAUGUUUUAUUUAUUUGGGUAUUGGAUUAUUUUGUAAUAUUUUAUCAGUUCCUGUCUGUCAUACUCGUUUAGAUCAUGCCAGAUCCUGUUUGGAACAUGCUCUUCGUGAUUGGGAUAGAAUGGAAUUAAGAUGGAAAAUGAUCUAUCAUUUUGCAAAUGCGCGGAUUCAUGAAAUUCAAAAACGAUGGGAUCUGGCCUUUCUCAGUGUAAAAGAGUCAUACAAAUUUUGCAAACAAGGAGGCUUCAACCGAGAAAAACAAAACAUCCUAAUUUUUGUUGACUUUAUAAAGAGGAAAUGUUGAUUGAAAGAAGUAGAAUGGAAACGCAAUCUUCUGUAUUUGUAGCUCUUAAAGAUAAUCUCUGUACAUUAUUAAAGUCUUUUAAAAUGUUUGCAACACUAAUCUUACAAAUCAGCUUUGAAAUGGUUGAACCGCAGUAUUGAUAUAACAAGUACACAUAAUCCAUAUCUUUGUACGUUUGAACGUGAAUAAACUUUAUCAAAUAACAGCAUCAUUGUUAUGGUGUUCUGGUGCAUUAAGAAAGGUGUCAUGCUUCCCCGAAUUUAACAUUACAUGCAGAUAAUCAAGCAGAUCAAGUGGUAGUUUCUCCUCGGGAUCUUACGUAUGUUGUUAUUUUGCGAUGUGUGACUACAAACAUGGACGAAUACUUGAGUGAAAUCAGAAAAGAUAUUCUGAAGCGUAACCUAGUGUACUUACGGGAUACUUUGGUGUACAAUAUCAUCAGCUCUCCUCUCAUAGCCACUGGCGUGAUACCCGGAAGUGUGCAGAAUGAAAUAGAUGAUAGUCUGUGUAAUGCAGAAAAAAUAGAAAAGCUUGUGUUAUUCUUAAUUGGAAGACCUCAUCGUAUCAAUCUGUUUAUGAAUGUGCUUUCAAAUCCCUAUCAUGGUUAUGAUUUUGUUUAUGAGAAUUUAAAGGAUCAAGAGAGCGAAUAUAUGGGCCUAGAGAGAACCAUUAACGCCAGCAAUUUAGAGGUUAGCAAUUCAAAUCGAAAUGAAAUAUACAGACAUGCUCUGAUGAGAUUAUCUCACCAAAACAACGAGGAGAGUUUCAAAAAACUUCAGAGCCUUGGACUUUCUAAGUGGGCGGAAAUUUUUAAUAAUAUAAGUAGAGUGUCAGCUGAUAAAACAAGAAGUCUCGCUGAUUUGUAUUUCCUCGCUGUCGACGCGGAAAUUGCCAGAAGACGUAUAAAAUUUGACCAAAAUCUUGUUUCAAGAGAUUGGUUUUCAGAAAUGAAAAAUGUAAUUCCAUUCACAGCAAAUGUAACUCAAACUACAAUGAUUUAUUUAGCCAGAUAUGGUUCAGCGUUAAGUCUGGGCGGAUAUCCGUUCGACAUCUGUGUCACGUACCUCGAUUUAGCAAUGCAGUUAUCUCUAACUAUUCCUACAUGUCGAGAAACAGGCAUGGUAUUGUACAUCUAUUUCAACAUGCUGUCUAAGGAAUAUGAAAAUAGACCCACUGCAAAACUAAAAAAUAAACUUCUAGGAAUGGCUAAGCAAGCGAUCGACCAUUUUGAAAAUGAUAAUGAAGAAACCGGGAGAGACUACAAAAGGUUUCUAAUUGUUAAAAUAGCCAUGUUGUUGCUUGGUGUAAAUAUGGUUGGCAAAGAUAUUCCUAAUAUUAGAAUUAGUCAGGAAGACAAACGCGUAUCUAAGGAUUGCUUACAAAUUAUACAAAAACCGGAUAUGUGGCAGAGAAUGGAAGUGCGAAGAAAUAUGUUCUAUUACAUGACAUCCUCAAAAAUGCACGAGUCUGAAAACAAUAAACAUAUGGCUAUUCACCACCUCCACGAGGCAAAACGUUUUGCAGUCAGAGGUGAGUUUAAACUAGAGGAACAAAAUAUUGAAGCAAAAUUGAUUAUACAUCAACAUGUAUCUAAUACUUGUGAGAUGAUUAUGUGGUCUGUAAUUGCAUUAUUUUUAUAUACUAUAUAUUCUCUCAUAUCUGAUUAAAUCUACUUUUUAAGAUAAUUGUGAAUACAAAGUAUUUUAUAAACAUUUCUGCAAGACGUUUUAUAAUUUCAUCUUCUUUAUGAUAAUCAUGCCAUGUCAGUUUGUCUAAUGCAUUGCAUCAAAAUUUGAAUAGAUCUGUAAGAAGUUUCAUAAUUUGAUCUUCCUUAUAAUAAUAAUUGCAUGUAUUGCAUCAAAGUAUUAGUAGACUUACUUUUAAUUGUGAAUUAAGAAAGUUUUGAUCGAAGUAUGGUAUCUUCAUAAUAUUCUGCAUGUAUUUCAAGAUAAAGAUGCAUUGGUUUGUUUUUAUUUCUUUCAAAUCGGUUCCACAGAAAGCGUAUAAGUUUGUCUGACAGUUUUAACUGACUGGGGAAAGAAGUUACACGCGAUGACACUGUAAAAUAUAAUAUGCUGUUUGCUGUGGUGCAUAUUGAUUUUCUUUUACCGGAUGAGUGCGUCAAUACAGGCUAUACAUGUAUUUAAAGUUCUCCACGACAACAAUUUAUCUGUUAUUCUAAAUAAACUACGUGAUGGUAGAUGUGAAUGAAUUUGUGUGUGAAUUAUGGAGACUAGUCCUUUCACAAAACGUAGAGUUUCUGAGAGACAGUAUUGUCUAUGCACAUCUCAGAUCCCCACUCCACAGUAAAGGGAUAUUGCCAGCAUAUCAUAGACAAAAAAUAGAAAAUUCUCGAUGUAAUGUUGAGAGGAUUGAGAACCUGAUAUUCUAUUUAGUUGAUAAUCAACCAAGGAAAAUAUUGCGAUUUUUGGAAAUCCUGGCUGACAAAAGUAAUGGAUAUUUGUUUGUGUUUGAAUAUUUAAAAUCAAAGUAUGACAGAUAUUUAGAAGGCAGUUUGAGUACUUUUUGUGGUGUCCGCAUUGUUACAACAACUGAAUCAAAAAGUAGAAAGUUUUCACUUAUUUUUCGUCACACACUGAGAAGACUUUUAAACGAGAACGAAAUGCAGAGUUUUCGAAAGCUUCAAAACUUUGCCAUCAACAAAUGGAAUCAAAGGAAUUCCCAAGAAAUGAAGUAUGAAACAGUUGUUGAACUUACAGAUUUAUAUUUUAUGGCACUUGAUUCCGAGGCAGAAACCAAGCGAUUACGAUACGAAACAGCUGAUUUCAAUGAAGAUGUUUUUCAAGAAAUGGAGAAAUUGAUACCUAAUUCUUCAAACCCAACCAGGAGUUCGAUGCAAUACCAUUCUAGAGUUGGUUCAUAUUUAAACAUGUCUGGUCAGCCAUAUGACAUUUCGAAAAGUCAUUUAUUGAUAGCAUUUCAGCAAUCGCACACUGUGGAGGCUUGUUGUGAAAAGGGACUUCUUUUCUAUGCAUACUUUAAUUUCAUUUCGAAGCCCUAUGAUAAUAAUCCAUGUCACGGUAGCAGGAAUGAAUUGCUAAAUCUCUUGAAAUAUGCUCUGGAUAUAUUUUCUUUGGGUGACGAACAAAUUCGUUCCGAUUUCCAGCGAGUGCUUUUCAUAAAGAUGGCAAUGGUUCUCAUAGGAAUAGGAAUAUUUGGACAGGAACUUCAAAGUAUCAACAUUUCGUCCGAAGACAUUACUACUGCAAAAAAGCACCUGACAGAAGUCAGAAAAAAGGAUCGUUGGGAAAGGAUGGAAGUACGAAGAAAAAUGUUUUAUUAUAUAUGUCUUUCAAGGAUAUCGAGACUUCGAUUAGAUAUAUCGGAAGCGAUGAAAUAUUUGAGUUACGCACGCUUAUUUGCUCGAAAAGGAAAAUUUCACCGUGAAGGGAACAAUAUUGAAAUAGCUUUUGAUAAGCUUGAAAUUCUUCAAAGCAUUGUUAAUGUUAACAUUUUAUAAAGGAAGAUAUAUAACUUCUUAAUACAUUUGUUUAUGUUUCUUGAAUACACUGUAGCUGUGUCUUACAUGUAUACUUGAAACUAUCACGUCAUUAUCUAAAUGCAUGUACCGAUAUAAUUAUGACGCCUUAAAAACAUGAUACAUUUUCAAAAGUAAGUAUGCUAUAUUUUACAUAUUUUUGUGUGUUGUUUUUUAUCCCCUUCAAAACAAUUUCACUCGCAUAGAGAUGUCACCAUCUGAAAAUGAAAUGCCACAAACUUUUUUCAGUAAUAAAUCUUUCCUGUUACCUUGUUUUAAUAUGAUAAAAGCACUAUGAGGUGCAAUUGACAUAUCAACUUAAGAUAAAAGCCUAGGCUUCCAACUUAACAAGUUAUUCGAAAGAUGUCAUAAAUAAAGAUAUAUUUUUGUAUAGUGUCUUGAAACAUGAAUAUUUCUGCAUAAUCGGCUUUAAUUUAUUGUUCGCAUGACGCAUCCCAUUUUCCGUUAUCAAUUUACCCUAAUAAAUAAUGCAAACCGCUAAAUAUUUUUCCUUCAAUCAAACUGCAUUUUAGAAAAAUUGCAGACAUGACUUUAUUUUGUUACAUCAGAUGUACAAUAGACAAUUUAACAAAUCGAUACCUGCCAUAUGAUGAAAAGCAUGUAAUAGUGACUUGCAUCUCUGACUGGUUUCGAGAAAAUAAACUUGAACUCGAUUAUGCGUUAAUGGGAAGUUUCAACCAUUUUUCAAAAUUAUGUUACACUGUGCAAUGUAUACUAAAACGAAAGUACGUAGCAUACAUGUAACAUACAGAAAUAAAAUUCCGAUGAUUCAUUUCUAUUUUUUCUUUCAUUCAUUGCAUAAUACUCUGAAUAACAAAUUUCCCAGUGUAUUAAAAUAAAUUGAAAAGAAUCGGACACCAUGAAAACAUUAUUGUUAUGAAUAUAAUAGCGGGCAUAAAUCAAUAAUUGUGGAACUCUAUCAUCACACAUACUUGCACAUGAUCCCCAGUAUUAACCCUCUCUUCCAGAAGUCUUAAUCUUGGUACAGCUUCACAGUCAUUUCGGUAUGGAGAUUUACGACCUUGAACUUAACAAAUGUCUACUUCGGAGAAAUAUUGGAUAUUUGAGGGACAAUCUUGUAUAUGAGUAUAUCAAAGUUGCACUCAUUGGUGCUGGAAUUUUAACAGAAACAGUUAGAAAGGAUAUCGAAAACCAGCUAGACUGUCAACGAAUAGAAAACAUUAUAUUACAUUUGAUCGACUCGUCGCCGCAAAAGAUCCCCGACUUUCUGGAAGUGUUAAAAGAUAAAAGAAACGGAUAUGUAUUUGUUUAUGAUUACUUGAAUCAAGAACUGAGUAAGUCAGAUAAACCUCGAGAUGUUAAGAUUCAUAAGACGGAAAUGUCUGAGAGGAAACGAGAAAUAAAUGUAUCAUAUAGACAUAUUUUGAUGCGGCUUUCACACGAAAAUCAAGUUCUACAGCUACAACAGCUACAACAGUGUGUCAUAGUACAGUGGAAUGACGGCUUAUUGCAACCUAUGUCUGCCAGGAGGAAGAUGGAUCUAGCAGAUCAGUUUAUAAUGGCCAUUGAUUCAGAAAUAGAAUACAAACGUAUAAAGUCAGACAAAGGACUGUUACAAAGUGGCCUAUUUGAGAAACUCAUGACAGCAAUACCGUUCACAGAAAACCCCGCACGAUCAACAAUGUUGUACCUAGCACGUUUUGGGUCAGCAAUGAGUUUAGCGGGUGAAUCUUACCAAUGUUCAUUAAGCUACGUAGAACAGGCCAUACAACAGUCACAGGGCGUUUAUCCGGGGCGAGAGACGGGAAUGGUUCACUAUAUAUAUUUUAAUAUGUUAUCUAGUGAAUAUGAACAAAAUCCAACAAGGGCACUUCAGAGAAAACUCUUGGAUAUUGCGAAGAAAACUAUUGACCACUUUGCAAUGGAAAACAAUGAACAAGUAAACUGUGAUUAUAGACGGUUUGUUCUCAUCAAAAUCGCUAUGAUUCAUCUUGGAAUUGGAAUAUUUGGGGACUUCAUUCCGAAUACUGAUGUUGAUUUCGAUGAUUUGCGAUCAUCAAAAGAUUGCUUGCAAGAAAUUGAAAACCCUGAUAUGUGGAGUCGCAUGGAAGUAAGAAGAAAAAUGUUUUUUAAUACUGCUAAAUCGAAAGUAAGGUUUGUGGAAAAUGACAUUACUGGGGCAUUGAAACAUUUAGAAAGCGCCAAGGUGUUUGCAUUAGAUGGAAACUAUGACAGAGAGAAAAAGAUCAUUGAAGAAAAGACCGCUUUACUGAAGAAAUUGCAAGAACAUGAACCUCACAAAAUACCUUAACAUUUCCUUUUCUCUUGUUUCAUACAUGUAUGUGAUAAAAGUUUGUAUGUAAAGACCUUUUUAUCUUGUGAUUCGAUUCUCUUUCAUAUGUGAAUAUUUUAUUGAACAUAGAUGUUAACUGCAAGUUGGCAAGUCAACCUUAUGACAAACAGAAUUACCUCAGCUUUUCAUUUGUAAAUUCCCACUUUUACAUGUAUGUAGCAAUAUUUCAUUAUCACCAUAUCAUAUGAUGUUUAUGUCUCUAAACUGAUUUAAUAUGCGAGAUCAUGUUCUGCGUAUGAUCAUUUUGGAAACCGUGGUAAGCUACUGACAAAUGAGUUGAUGUUAUUGUUACAUGUAGGAUGCUUACUUCUCCUAGGCACCUGAUCCCACCUCUGGUGUGUUCAUGGAUCCGUGUUUGUCCUAUUCUUAAUUUGAUAAUCUUUAUGGGAUUUAUGAAAUUGAUACUGUUUGUUAUCUUCAUUUUUCUAUACAUGUCCAGUAAUCCCAAUCAUUUUUUUUUCAAUCAUCAUAUGAAAUGAAUCGCGGCCUUGAGUUCGAAAAACGUGCAUGUCUGACAAUUCAAAUGUGAGCAAAUGUUGAAUAUUUGGGGAACAUGGCUACGUAACUACAAUUACUAGUCUGAUUUAUUUGGAAUUACGUUCAAAUAUUCCAUCCCGAGAUUUACCGCGAAAAUCACACCCUCGACUUCUGUAACAGAAUAUGACGGUCCAACUACUUCAUGUACUUGAGAAAUGGAAUACGAAAGUUGAACAUGAAAUGACAAAAUCAGGUCACAGCGAGGACAGCGAGCUCUAAAGAUUAGGGCAAAGAAAGUUCGAGUCUACGCAGCGAGGAGGCCAUCCAUCAAGUACCAAGCAGAACAAGCGUCGAAGAAAAUUCCCACAAUCCUAACGAUUGUCCUUUUUGAUAUCACAAAGUCGCAUCUUGUUGAUCUGUGGUAUCUUAAGUAGAUUAUUUCAAUCUUAUCCUAGUCUUGUGUUCGGUACACAAUGCAGUUUGUAUAAGGAAAUGUUGUCGACCAUAGCCGAAGCAAUACGAUAUAUGUGUGACAUUACCAUCUAUGUUUUGACGUCAUAAUAUACAGUAACUAAAGAAGUAGAGGAUCUAAAUGGGAGUUUGCUUUAUGCAACAGAAGAUACAAACCUCUGGUUUUGCUGCAUCUAAGAAUUGUUACUGUUCACGUCGAGUUUUCAGUUUCAAUUCCUUGGUGUACCCAGUCCGGCGAUGUUAAACCUGGUGACACUCCCACCCUUUGUCUCAGGGUAAGUUAGCAUGGUGUGCAUGAGCAAGUUAAAAAUCAACCAUGCCACUUUCCAAUGAGAGGGAAGUUGUAUUUACUUUUCUGAGAAGAUGUACGUGUAGCUUUAAGCUUGACAUCAAAUGAUCAUGAUGAGUUUGAUAAAUAAUAAGCUUUUCAAGAAUAUCAAUUACCGAUUUAAAAAAGGGAGGAUCUAACACAUAACAAACUUGAAUGUCCAUUUAUUUACAAGAUGCGAAUGCUAAUUAAAAUUCAAAGAUUAGAAUUCUGUGUGAUGUGAUAUCGUUCUUGAAUAAAAAGAUUCUUUGACUUUGCAGACCCUCACUCUCGAGACUUUGUAUGAGCGCGAGUCUGGUAGGUUUGUGAUUUCAAGACGAAGCUUAGCGAGAUAUCGGUAUCGUCAGUGAUAGGAUGAUGGAGAAACAUCUGCAAAACAUGGUGGUACAGAUGUUCGAAGACUGAAGUUGUACAAGUCUGUCUACAAAGCUGAAAAUUAGACAUUUUAAAUGAAAGAUUCUCAAUUAUCUCUCCUAAAAGACAUAACUGUAUAUUUUUUAAAAAUCGCUCAUUUUCCUUCAUGGGAGUCGCCAUUUUGGUUUAGUUCUAUCUACUGCUUACAAAAAUAAAAUUAGAAUCCUACUAGAUUCUCGCUCGUGCAAAGUCUCGAAAGUGAGAGGUACUAUUGAACAAGAUUCUCUUGCAACCUCUCAUACUAAAUGGAGCAUUUUCCUAUUCUGUUCUUUGAUAUAACAGUAGAAUAUCUAAUAGAUAGAAACUGCUGUAUUUCACGUGAAUUCCCCUUAAUAUUCCUCUAAACUUCGGACUAUAUAGUGAGUGAUACACACCGAAUUCCGUGCAGAAGAACAACGUUUUAAACUGUAUUUCACACAGUAAGGAAACACUCUACAAACUGUUACAUCUUUUCACUCAAAACUAUGGCAAGGCAUUUCAUUAUUUAUUUCAAAAAUAAAUUUCCACUAUUUUGCCUUCGAUAUCUUUACCACUUGAAACGAUUGCCAAUAUACAAUGCGCGUAUGAAUCUUGAUAAAUAUAGGACGAUAUUUUAACAGUGGGGAAUAUUCCAAAAGAAAUGAAAGUUAAAUGUAAAGGUAUGAAUUUCAUUUUUGAAAAUACAUGAGAACAUGAACAGCGAUGUUUCACGCCAGCAUGUUUUUCAUGAACCGCAUUACCUCUUUGUGAAGUAUGCUGGCGGAAAGCGCCACAGUUCAUGCCCUCAUAUAUUUUCGAAAAUCAUUUCCUAUAUAUUUCUCUAAUUCGGAGAAGUAUUUUUUAUUUUAAAGCGAUAUCUUAUUAGAUAAACAAUUGAGAAAUAUUUCUCAUCCUAGCUAUAUAGAGAACCCAAGUUAAACUUGACACUAUGCUACUAGUCAAUGUAGCAAUUACCAGUAAUUUUAGUUAUGGCCAUUACAAAUGGAUAAUGAUAAAGCAUAACUUCAUGUGGUAAUAUGAAUGCAUCUACAGACACAUUUGUUUUAAAAAUAUAUAUUCAAGUGCAAUAGAUAAUUUAUUUAUUUUUAAUAUAUGUUUAUAUAUUUCUCCUUUUUUGUCAAGAGAUAUAGUGAAUAACAAUAUAAACAUAUCUACAAAAUGUAGUAAGUUCAAAUUUGUUCCUAUCAACUUUGAAAACAGCCAAGGGAAUUAAAAUCCAGAGAUAAUUAUCAGACAGCUUGCAUAGCUCUGCCUGGCGGCAACUGGUUAAAACCACCUCAUGACCUCCUUGAACUUGCGUUCGCGUAUUGCGCGUGCGUCACUUAAAUGGUGAAGGCCACGCAUUGGAGAAAUCAUUGUAAUCAAAUGGAUAAAACAUAUUUCCUCAGCUUUAAUUAGAGAGAUGUCUCUUGCUAAAAAUCUGUAAGAAAUAUCUCUAGAUAUUUUACAUUGAUAUGUAAAAAGACAUCUAGAGAUAUUCCUAUAGAUUAUUUUUUUAAAAUAGAUAUAUAAGUUAAAAAGGCAUUUCUCUAAGUUAAAGCAAAUUAAGCCAUACAUACAUGUGACAUCUUUAUAUAUGUACACUGUAUGAGUUAUGAGAUUGAUCACUGUUCGUUAUCUUCCCCUUUCAUGAUAUCUCUGUUUUAUAAAUAGUAAAAUGGCUUGCCAUAUAAAAUAGUCAAUUUAGGCGGGUUCGAAUCCCGGUCUGGUCCGUUGCAUUUUCUCCCUCCCUGUUACAGUACCAUCAUGGCGAUGGCACGAUGGAGCACAUACAACUAUAUGGCUGCAAUAAGAGUCGCGAUCCACACCAUCACCAUUUUUACAAAACAUAUUUGCGUGUUUUAUUGUAAAUCUUGAAUUUACUGGAUGGGUGUAAACCCAGAAUUUACAAUAUGACAUUUUACGGAAAUGUUUGAGUAGGUUUACUUAGUAAGAGCCCCAUGCACAGCUCUGCUCUAAAGCCGAGGAACUAAGUUCCUAUGAAAUGAUCAACUGGGCACGAUUUGGAUUGAAUUUUUUUUAUUAUUAUUAUUACAUUUACAACGCUAAACUUACUAAAGGUAUUUCUAAUGGUCAGCAAAUAUUUGAAUAUCAAACGAGAUGCAGCACUCACAAUUUUUUGUUAUGUAAACAAGGCUGCUGCCUUGUUUUUGUUUAUACAUAGAUUGCGUAAUAGAAAAUAUAAUGUUUAAAACAAAAUGAGAUGUGACAAACACUAGAAACUUUAAGUGUGUUCAGAAUUAACUUGUAAAUAGAGAAAAUUUGUUUUUAACGAAACUUUUACUAUUAUAUCUAACCUCUGUAAACAAAAACACGACGCGAGCCUUGUUUAUACACAACAAAGACUUGUGAGGCUCUAUGUAUCUCUCUUGUAACUCGACAACUGACAUUCAUUUUUUUGCAUUAGAAAAUACAUUUUUCCCCAAUAGAAAUACCUUUGUUAAUCAUUGUAAACAUUAAAAAUUGAAAGAAUAAAAAUUUGAAAAUUCAGUUUCACGUACUGUAUACCUGUAAAGUAUAAUUUACAGCCGAUGAUCUCACGAGAAACUUCGUACCAAGGACAAAUUCGUGUCAAAUGAAGAAAUACUCAAAGUUUUAAACUGCGAGGAUUCUUAUGGUACGUGUACCUGUACUAUUUACAAACAGGUGGGGAAAUACCUGUACGUUUAAAUGUGGUAACAUUUUCUCUGUACUUUCUAAUCUAAUGUAGUUUAUCUUAAAAUUUGUACAGGUGCACAAAUCUCAAGAUAUUUACAAUUUUUGAAUUGACAAUUAUAUAUAAAUAAUGUAGUUUUUAGUCAUCAUCAAAAAUACCAAUCUCUCACCAGAGGGCGUAUUACGCUGCGCUACAACACCUCUGUCAACGUCUAAAUGUCAAGAUUCUUGGCAAAACUUACCUAUACCUACAUGUAUAGCAUCAUGGAUAAUAAUUUUAUAAGUUUAAGUUUUAUGCUUUAAAUCUUAAAGUAGGUUCACAAAAACAACGAAUUCCAUGAUUAUACUAGUAUUAUUGAAUGAAUGAAUAUUUAUAUAAACCUUCUAAUUCGCUCAGGUGUCUCAUAUUUACCAUCUUCUGAUUUUAAAAAAAUUCAGAGAAGUGUUUGAUUUGCUCAGAUAUUAUCAUUACAGUUCGAUAUGCUAAGUUAGUUUUUGUACAUUUUAAUAUAACUUUUUAGACGUUGACAGAGGUAUUAGUGGAGCGUAGCGGGAACGAUAACUCUGGGUAGAGAUUGCAAAAAUACAUCCACACUUACAAAUGUCCUUGUAGUUUCAGUAAAAACAGUUAUUUUCAUGUAUACUUUUAUGUUCCAUAUUGGCAAUCGUAAAAUAUUUAAAACCUCUUGUUUAAAAAGGAUUUUUUUAAAAACUCAUUGGGCCAAGUCAAUGAUUAAUAGCGUCAAUUUCCUGUUUAGUCUUGAAAUCGGAGGGCGCUGACAAAAUGAAAGUAGAAAUACUCCGCGGAGAUGAGAGGGGUUCAGAACCAAUCUCUCAGAUCUAGACAUACAUAUUUAUAUGUAGCAACAUGAUAACACUUCAUGAUAAAAUGAAAAUGGAUUACCGACAGAUUAAAUAUCAUGCAAAUAAAAUAAUCAGACAUUAUCGCACCAAAGGCUGGUGAUGUCAUGAAGGAAUAUGUUUUGUAGAAAAAGAAAACGAUACAGUACACCUGGACAAGAAAUAGUCAUCGAUGUUUAGACAGGGAAACACGUGCUGCGUAGACAUUUUCUGUAAAUACGUGCCUUGCAGACACGGGUCGAUAUGACACACGAUACUGAUACAUAUACCUGCGUAUAUUUCAGUACUGUACAAAAGAAAAUUCCGUUUGUUUUUGUAUCAUGAAUGAGUUUAGAACGCAAACACUACAAUUGCUUUUCAGGAAUGAGAUUGACUUUCUUUGUAACAGUUUAGACUUUCUCAUCUUAAAGGCCUACCUCAUUAAACAUAACAUAGUGCCGCGGAGUAAAAUGAAAUCAAUUGAACACUUUAAAGUGAAAUUUCAACAAAUAGAAUCACUCGUGAAAUGUUUGAUCGAAGAAAGACCACAGAAGAUAUUUCCAUUUAUGGAAAUUUUGAAAAAUGAAUCUCUUGGUUAUAAAUUUGUUUACGAUUAUCUAAUUGCAAAAUUUGGUGCGGCGUCCAUUCCAGGUGUACAGACAAUUUCGAAAACAAUACCAGGCAGCCAACGAAGAGUCUUUGAAUUGUCCUUUCGACACUUUCUGAAGAGACUAUUGCACAGGAAUGAUUUGGGAGCUUUUGAGCAGCGUCGACAAGAAGUCAUAUCAGCAUGGAAACAGUGCACGUUUGCACAAAAAAGCCUUCUAGCGGAUCGUUACUGCAUGGUGCUGGAUGCUGAGGUAGAGCGAAGAUUAGUGAAAGUAGACAGAACGUUAGUAGACAGUGACAUUUUUACAGAGAUUCUUAAAUGUGCUCCAUUUACUGCUAACCCCAAUCUCCACAUAAUGCUGUAUCUUGCUCGGUAUUCGUAUGCCUUGUUUGUCGGUGGUAAAUCGUAUGAGGAAGUUUUGAGUUAUAUAGACCAAGCUCGAACUCACAUUGCCGACAUAGAACCUUGUAGAGAGACGGGUAUUGUACUUUAUAUAUUGUUCAAUAUGAAAUCAGUCUCAUAUGAAAAACAUCCCACAGAAAAAGUGAAAAUGGAGCUAUUGGACAUAGUACAGCAAGCCAUUGACCAUUUCAGUAAUGAGGACGAGGUUAUCUCCGAGGAUUUUAGAAGAAUACUUUUAAUUAAGAAGGCAAUGCUCUAUUUAGGACUAGGCAUAUUUGGACAGAACAACACAAAUUUGAUUAUAAGUGAUGAAGAUAUAGCAAAUGCUAGAUGCUGUUUGAGGAAAGUGAGGGAGCAAAAAAUGUGGGAAAGGAUGGAAACACGUUGGGAAAUGUUUUAUUAUUUGUGCAAAGUUAAAUACCUACAGCUGACAGAUGCUGAUAAUAAGCAUAUAGAAACACAAAUCAGUCUCACUAAAAAAGCCAGAUCAUGUUCAAUUCAAGGCGAGUAUCGAGAGGAAAGACAAAAUAUUGAUGCCAUGUUAGAAUACCUUCUCGAGGUACAACAAACUAUUUUGAAGAAUGUACAUGUAGCAAGUGUGAAGUAAUUAAAAAUGUAAUGCGAGGUUGAUGUUGAAUUAAAAUUUGAUUUAAAAUG